AAGAGCCCUGGACAGAGUCCCGGCCAGACCUCGCAGAAGCUGCCGCCGCCUGGAGAUGCGGGGAGUAGGAGGAGGCUGCUGCUGAGGCUCAGCAACACACCUGGCCGGGGUGGGGUGGUGAGUGCACUUCUGCAGCUCAAUAUCCUUGAGAGUGAAACAAGUGAGCAUAAGAAACAUCUACAUUUUCUAGAGUAGUGAACUGUCACGCAGAACCAACCAUGCCGGCAGAAGGAAAAUCUGACAUGGAGAGGAUUGGCCUCUUCAGUGAAAUGGAGUAUAUUACCAUUGGAGAUAAAUAUGUUUCAAACUAUAUGCGCCCUUUCAAUGAAUCUGCAAGCAAGAACAAACAGCUGUUACCUGGGGGUACCAAAAUGAUGUCCGCUCUUCAGGCAGGUUAUUUUGAGCCUCAGUUUGUGAGGGUUUUCGAAGGUGAAGCCUACUCAAACCCAGUGCAACUAAGAAGGCGAUACAGAUUGGCAGAGUCAAAGAAAAAUAUGGGGAAAGCUUUCCUUCCAAGCAAUGGAGUCAAAUUACCAUGUGGAAUAGGCACUUAUUAUGGAACUAUAGGUGGUCCAUAUCCAGCCUUCAGUGCACAAUUAAGAGGAAAAUCAGUAUAUGCUCCUCCUGGAAAGAAUCUUUACACAAACCCUGGAAAAAAAGGAACUGGAUAUGGAUAUCCAAAUCUUACCAUAGGUAAACAGUAUCAACACUCAAGUGAAAUGUAUGAUACUGGAAAAAUGAAUGCAAAGAAGGUCCGUGAAGACCAUAUGCGCUUGGUUAAAGGAGGGCCUUUCAAGUUAAAUCUCUACCCUCGGGAGUAUUUUGACGGAAAUCCAUAUUACAAUGAAAAACCUUUGCCACCAGCUAAGAAACCAGCCUCAGAAAAGCCACCUAUACACCCCUUUAAACCAACUUCUCCUGCCAAAAAAGCAGGGGGCAUGAAAGCAGGAACAUUUGAUUACCCCUAUGUGGUUAAAUAUUCUAAGCCUGUCACAACUAAUAAAGAAGGAAGGAUUUUUCACCUUCCUCCUGGAUCAAAAAGCAGGCCUUCUACAAGCAUAAUGGCUUUAAAUGUCUCAAAAUCACUAAAUGUAACGAACUACAGGACUGCACACUUGAUGUCAUAUUAGCUUUCAACAGUAAGAUAAAAAAUACACUUCUUGGACACCAUAAAUUGUAACAAUUCAAUGAUUAAAGGCAUUUUGAAGUAAAUAAAAGUUUUGAAGAAGACAGAAUUCAGUCAAAUAAGGCAAACCCAGAUUUUAAUUAUAUCCUAUUUGAGACUGUUUUUUAUAAAUAUGUAAACAAAAUACAUAGACUAUGUACAGAUUAUAAAUGUUUAAAGUGUGAAACUAAACUAUAUUCAUACAAAUUAAGAUGUUUAUUUUUCUACAGAUAUUUUAUAGUUUGCUCAUAUUAUUAGAGCAGUUUAUAUAUGAAACAUGUACACUAAAUGUAUUUUAGAUUUUAAGUUUUUUAUAUAAAUGAUAUGCUGGUGGCGCUAAUAAAAAAACAAU